UCAUUGAAUUCAGUGUUUUACUUGUAUUUUGUAUGGCGGAAUGGCCUCACAGCUAUUUUUUAUAAAAAUAUCCCGCUUAUCUUAUUACUAAUACGAGUAUUUGAGAUGUAUUAAGUGUUGGCAACUUUAACAGGUAAAAACGGCUGACGUAUAGUAUGAGGAGAAAUAUUAUUAAUAAAACCACCAAUUUGUAAAGGAAGAGGAAUAUUAAUAUAAGAAUAAAUAAAUAUUUAAAAUUUGGCUAUAACUAUUCGCAACAAUAUUAAUUUAUAUAGAAACGACUGCGCCAGCUCGAUUGCAAUGUCAUCUUCAGCAAUUUAUGUUUUAGAUGUGAAGGGAAAGGUGCUGAUUUCUCGAAACUAUCGUGGAGACAAUAUGGAUAUGGCUGUAAUAGACAAAUUUAUGCCUUUAUUGAUGGAACGCGAAGAAGAAGGACUUAUAACUCCAAUACUGCAAACAGCUGACUGUACAUUCGCAUAUAUUAAGACAAAUAACUUGUACAUUGUUUCCACUACGCCACGGAAUAAAAAUGUUAACAUAGCAUUGGUGUUCGUCUUUUUGCAUAAAAUAGCUCAAGUUUUUGUUGAAUAUUUUAAGGAAUUGGAGGAAGAAUCUAUACGCGACAAUUUUGUUAUUAUAUAUGAAUUAUUAGACGAACUUAUAGACUUUGGUUAUCCCCAAACCACGGACUCCAAAAUUUUACAGGAAUACAUAACGCAAGAAGGACAUAAACUUGAGUUACAACCUCGAAUACCGCUCGCCGUAACCAAUGCGGUAUCUUGGAGAUCAGAAGGUAUUAAAUAUCGUAAAAAUGAAGUUUUUCUAGAUGUUAUUGAAUCGGUUAAUUUGCUGGCCAAUGCUAAUGGAAACGUGUUACGAAGUGAAAUUGUGGGUGCAAUCAAAAUGCGCGUAUAUUUAUCUGGUAUGCCUGAGCUGCGAUUAGGUUUGAAUGAUAAAGUACUCUUUGAAAGUACUGGGCGUGGAAAAUCCAAAUCUGUAGAACUCGAAGAUGUUAAAUUUCAUCAGUGUGUACGUUUAUCACGCUUCGAAAACGAUCGUACAAUAUCUUUCAUACCACCUGAUGGCGAAUUUGAGUUAAUGUCAUAUCGUCUUAAUACACAUGUUAAGCCAUUAAUUUGGAUUGAAUCCGUUAUUGAACGCCAUGUACAUUCACGAGUAGAGUAUAUGAUUAAAGCUAAAUCUCAGUUUAAACGUCGUUCAACUGCAAAUAAUGUGGAAAUUGUUAUACCAGUGCCAGCAGAUGCUGAUUCUCCGAAAUUCAAAACAACAAUUGGAAGUUGUAAAUACGCUCCUGAACAAAAUGCUAUAAUAUGGACCAUUAAAUCCUUUCCUGGCGGCAAGGAAUAUUUGAUGCGAGCACAUUUUGGCUUACCAAGCGUAGAAAGUGAAGAUAAUACUGAAGGAAAACCACCGAUACAAGUGCGUUUCGAAAUACCAUAUUUUACAACAUCUGGCAUACAAGUGCGUUAUUUAAAAAUUAUUGAAAAAAGCGGAUAUCAAGCUUUGCCUUGGGUACGUUAUAUUACGCAGAAUGGAGACUAUCAAUUGCGCACUAAUUAGAGACAAUUAGAGUUUUUUAAAGCAUGUAUAAUGUGCCUACGAUUUUUUUUUUUUUUGUUAUUAUGAAUAAGCAUUUAUUUGAACCAAUUUUCUUAAAACCACAAUAUAAUUUUAGAAUAAUUUUUAUGGUAUAAAUUACUACAAUCCGCAAUUCAAUCUUAAAUCAAAUUAAAAUUGUUAUCUUUUAAUCAUUUCCUUAACACUCUAAUAUAAUAAUAAUCAUUUUGCUCUUAGUCAUUUUAUAAUUUUUCAUUCAUUUAUAUGUUCUUUUCAAAUUAUUCAAAAUUAUUGUAAUUGAAAUCUAUGAGUAAUACCACUUCAUUCCAUAUUAAUGCUGGGCAUAAAUUUUUCGUUGCUUGUGAUUUUACAAAUAGUUACAGAUUUAAUGAUUCAGAGCAGUUUAUUAUAUCUGCAGAAUAUAAUAAUAUAUUAAAUAUAUUUCGUAAUUGUGGUAAAAUUUUAGUAUUAUUUAAAAGUUUCAAAUAUAUUU